CACCAUUCUGGAAAUUGAUCGCGUGCACGUCAUCGAUCUGCAGUUCGCGCCCAAUUACGUCAGAUCAGUCACGUGAUUAACUUCUGUUUGUGUGGAUCGCCGGCAGAUGAACGCGCGCCGCGACGCGACGAGCAGAUUCGGACAGCUCGGUGAUUGAGUGUUGAGCUCUGCUUUUGAUUAGAGGAGAAGGAUGCGAGAGAAGAUGCGAGGGCGGAGGACAGAUGAUGAUGAUAAUUCUGAUUCAGAAGUCCAAUCCGUGAACGAGAGCGUGCAGAUGUCUGUCGCUGAGCGACGACGACGGCGGCAGCGUGAGAAGGAACCGGAGAUUGAUCUCCUGAGUAUGAUGCUCCCCAGCGCAAGCAGUUCAAGAUCACGACCAACAACUAGUGCACGAACAGGCACACGGCGGCGGUUAGCUACCGAGGACAAGGAAGACGAACAAAUGACUGUUCUGCCGUUGAACACAAGCAAGCCUGAUUCGGUCACGGUGGCUGACGACGUGGUUGUCGAAUCGAGCGUGCCCGAUAUUGACAUGCAAUACGAAGACGAAGAGACUGCGCCUGAGGCAUCAGUCGCUCCAAUCCCUGCGCCCGACACCGCGAACGAAAAGAGAAAGUUAUUUACGGCAGAAGAUGACGACGGUCCGCUCUACGCUGUCGAGUAUACCUCCGCGAUCCUGCGCAGCUCCUCACCCGCCCUUUCAUCCUCAGCAUACAACUCGCAAAACAGCCAAAACCCUCCCUCAUCACUCGCCACUGCCUCAGAAUCGGUGCAUUGGAAACCGGAAUGGACCGGACGUCCUAAUUUCAAGCGUUUCCGCAGGGUGCGACAGGGAGGUGCUGCGAGUGUGCGGUCUAUGAGGGAGGUGUCGGUAUACAGUACGGCUGAUGAGGAGACCGGGCGGCGGUUUGUGAGUCUGAAAGAGUAUAAGCCGAAUGACUACGGUCUAGGCGACGCAUACUGGUUCGUCCCGCGCGACGGCGGCAGCUCAGCAGCAACAAAGAAGAAACCAACCAGCAGAAUCGCGAGCGGCAAAGAGAAUCGCGACGCUGCAAACGAAACGACAGAGGAUCCGCUUGCGUUCUCGAUGCCGCCUGAGACUAUAGGGUCUUUACGUGCUGCGGAGGAGGUGGUGGUGGAGGAGGAGGAGGCAGACGAGGAGUCCUCGAAUACAGCGUCUGGAGGGUCCGGCGUCGCGGCUAGACGGGUGCGUGAGGACGACGGUGUGCCGUCUUCUGUUGCCGAGGUGUCGAGCGCACAAGGUCCGUCUGAGAAACGACGUCGAGCUGCCGCUGCUGCUGUUGUUCCUGCAGCCACACCGCCGACAACAAGUCAGAGUCAGAGGUCACGUCUGAACAAAAGUGCGAUUAUCCGCAAGUUCUCCGACAGUGAAUCGGACGAUGACGACGACGAUGGGUUGAGGCUGCGGUUUUGAGUAAUUAGUCUGCUUUUUGGGUCACGUAGCAUAUCAUUGCCAAGUGAAGGAAACAAACGUAGAGGAGGUUUUGUUGUGUUUUUGAUGGCAUACGGCGUUUAUCUGGGUAUUAUAGCAAAAUGCAAUUCUAAUUCUGGC